GUGUGAGGAAGUAGUCAAGUGUUGAGCUAUUUCUACAACACCACUCAAUCAAUCCAAUAUCUCUUUUUCCAUUUUUGUGCUUGUCGUAAUUUGCGCCACUUCUUCUUCAUCAGCUUAUAAGGACGAGAUUCUGCUUGAGCAACCUUCCUCCAUAUGAGCUAGGUUUUGGGUGUGAGUCCUAAUUUGACAGUAUUGGCUAAGUUUGAUCACACGAUAUUUCCAGGUAAAAGAUUGGGGAGCAAAGGACCACCAGUAUGGAUUGUUAUUGUCCUUUACCAGAAGAUCUUGUGGUUGAUAUUUUAUUGAUGUUGUCAGUGGAACCACUCUUGCAUUUCAAAUGUGUGUGCAAGCACUGGUAUGCUCUCAUCAAAAGUGAGAGUUUCAUAGAGAAGCAUUUUCAUCACAAGAACAACCAUACCCGUCUCCUCAUUUGCAACUUGAAAUUAGAAGAGGAAGAACACACCCUCGUAAAGUCUUCUGUAGUCUCCUUGCUCCCUGAAAAAAUAGUUCCGGGUGUGACCCCUGAACAAAAAAUUCUCCUUCAUCUUCCAAGGAUCGAUCAUUUCAACUGUGUUGCUGGCCCAGUUAAUGGCUUAUUCCUACUGCAAGAAUUAUUUUGUGGAUACGAUGUCCACUUGAGUUUGUGGAAUCCUGCCACCAGAGAGUUCCGACCUCUGCCUCCUGCGCCUUUUGCGACUGAGCACUUCUUAUGUGACUAUGAUCAUGAAUUCGGAUUGGGGUUUGACCAGUUGACUCAGGAUUAUAAGGCUGUUCAGAUUCAAGAAUCCUUUGAUGUUCGGGGACAGGGACAGGGCUAUUACCUUCAUAUGUCUGUCUCUGUCUAUUCCUCAUGCGAUAACUCAUGGAAGAAGCUACAAUUCCCUUCCAGUUUUACCUCAGGUUUUCCCUAUUCCGUCACAUAUCUCAACGGGGUUUAUUAUUGGAUUUGUAGCAGCCUCAAUAAUAAUAUAUGCAAGAUUCAGUCAUUUGCCAUGGGCAGCGAACAGUUUGGGGAGAUGCAAGGCCCAGGUAAACACUGGGUGAGGCUUACAUUGUGUGGCGAAUCGCUUGCAAUUUUAGUCAGUGAUAAGUGUAUGACAUCCAUAUAUGAAAUGAAACAAGAGGGAAGUUGGUCCAAAGUGUUUACUGUUCAACCUCGUAUAGAUACUGCUCAUUUGCCUAAAAAUAUAUGGGAGAAUGAUAAGAUUGUUUUUGAACUGACAGAAACUUCACAGCUGGUGCUAUAUGACCCUACAAGAAGUCAAGUUACGGAUCUUGGAAUUCAGCUGAGGCUUAUUGGCUGUCGUGUUUUCAAUUAUCAAGAGAGCCUAGCUCUAAUUACAAAAGGAAAUGAGUCUCAAGACCAGGAUAAUACUGAUCGAGCAAAUGAAGUAGUACAACUAUUAGGUGGACGAAUGAUGUCAAGAAUUGAAAACUGAUUUUCCCCCUUUGAUCUUUCAUUUUCUGAGUAAUAGUACUAAUUUGUUAGCUAGCUGGAUGAACCUAUUACUAUUGGGUUAUUGGCUUCUACUCAUUCAUCAUGUCCUAUUUAUACUUUGGUCAUUGAUAAGAACAUAAAGUUUAUUUGUUUCA